GAGAGUGAUGUGAAAUGAAAGAGUGAGCUUCGCGUUAAUAGAAAAACUUUCAAUAUUAUUUGUGAGAUGCUUAGAGACAUUGGGGGUUUGAGUGGAACAAAAAACAUGUCGCUUCAAGAGAUAGUAGCCAUGUUUUUAUACACGUUGGCUCAUCAUAAGAAGAAUAGGUCUAUUGGACAUUACUUCUAUAGAAGUGGAGAAACCGUGAGCCGGCAAUUUCACCUUUGUCUAAGGGCUUUUCUCAAGUUGCAUGAAGUACUACUUUACAAUCCCACACAAAUAUUGGAUGAUUGUGAAGAUGAAAGGUGGAAAUCCUUCAAGAAUUGUUUAGGGGCAUUAGAUGGGACUUACAUUAAUGUAAAUGUGCCUUCAAAAGAACGACCAAAGUAUAGAACAAGAAAAGGAACGAUUGCUAUGAAUGUAUUGGGUGUUUGUGCACCUAAUAUGCAAUUUAUUUAUGUUCUUCCUGGUUGGGAAGACUCGGCCCAUGAUAUGCGUGUACUUCGAAAUGCUCUUUCUAGACCAAACAGUUUUAGAGUACCUUGAGGUAAGUGAAGGCCUUUUUUGUGAGUGUAUAUGUUUUAUUAGUUUUGGUUGGAAGUAAUUAUUUUUUUUCAAUAACUUUGAAGGUAAUUAUUAUUUGGCUGAUGCGGGGUAUACGAAUUGUGAGGGUUUUCUUGCUCCAUAUAGAGGUCAAAGAUACCAUUUAAAAGAAUGUUUUAUUAGUGUGUUUUUAUGUAUUGUUGUAAUCCCAUCAUUCUCAAUUCAAGAUUAGUUAAUCCUAUUAUGUUGUUUUGAUUGUAAAGUUUGGUGUACAUUGAUCUUGUAUUGAAACAUAAGGCUUCAUUGGUCUAGAUUUACUAUUAGGAUUUUGUCUUGGACAUUAUAUUUUCUAGUUUUCAUUGAUUUGUACUAGUGUGCUUCAUUGCCUUCAUGGUUAUAGGCUAGGAAAUUUUGCUAAGGCACUUUAAUACUGAUGCAUCUUAGGCACUCCAGCCUCUUU